UAUUCUCGCCGCCCAAUUUAACCAUAUAUGGCCAGUCUGGCGGUUUGGCGAGCGGCUACAUCCACCCGGCGAAAAGUGGACACGAGACGUCGGUGUGCUCCCGAAACCAGUGAUUUCCUAUCGAGGUAAGUGAGAUAUUUACGGUAUAUGACAGCCGCGACACAUGUAGACAACACAAACAGUGUUAUGUUGGAAUAAAUAUAGUUAAGUGAAAAACCCCUCCGAGGCCGAAUUAGCCACUUUAAGAGCCCGUUUUGGCUAGUUGGGCCUUGCGUCAGUUAGCAUUUUAGCUAAGCGGCUCAGGCCUGUAAGAUGUAGUUUGCCUUAGCUUAGCACGAAACUAACACAGUCAACAGCGUAUUCAUCAAAACUGUUAGUCGUUCAACUUUUGUAUGACAAAACAUCUAAAUAAGUCAUUUUAGCUUCUGAGUCAGGGUGUUUUUUUCGUCACUGGGUUAUACGUCGUUCGUAUUGGCGGCAUCACCCGCCGGUAGCAUCAGCCGGGCUAACAGGCUUUCUGAUGUUCAACGUGCGAGCAGGUGGGACCGAGGAGCGCGAGCUGCAGCUGUUUAUAGGCUACCGGUAAUUAUCGAUACUUAGGCCUAUCGGUUUUUAACGUCAGGCCUGUUUUCACGAGAGCGUUCAAGUCACACCCUGAGUUUGUAUACUGGUUUAUUUCGACACCGAUUAAUCAGCUACAUUAAAUGAUUGGAAGAAAAACCUGUUACUGAUGUUUGAUAACCUGAUGUUUGGUUAGUAACACUUAACGGUACAAUAAUGACACGGAAACUGGGAGCAGAUGAGUGUCCUGUCAUAGUGGAAAAUGUCUGAUACUAAUAGUGAUCAACGUUGUAAAUCUCCAUGCCCCUCUUUUCUAAAAUAGCCUUGGACAACCAUGCCAUCCGACUUAGCCAAGAAGAAGGCAGCGAAGAAGAAGGAGGCUGCGAAAGCUCGUCAGCGCACCAAGAAACCUGAUGAAGGGAAUGAAGACGGAGAGACCCAGAGUAAUGGAGCAGAGAGCAAUGGUGAGAGAUGGACUCAUGUUCAACCCAUUUUUUUUUUAAAACUUGGCUGGGAUUAACUUGUUGUGUUUUGUAUUUUAUCUUUGUUGAAUUCAAGGAGCACUCCUUUCCUUUUUGUCUUAAAUCACAGCAGCUUCUGGGAUCGAGCAAGGGAGCAUUUCAGUUUAGAUUCUUAUCAUUAGUUAGCGCUGAAUAUACCCAAUUCUCUGCCCUCUAAUUCUUUCAGAGAAAGCAAAGCAGUAAAACGUGUCUUUUAUUUUUCAGGUGUUGCCAGUUUGACAAAGGAGCUGGAUGAAUUUGAGCUGGCGAAGACCGAGGCAAGGGCAGUGACAGGCGUGUUGGCGUCACACCCCAACAGCACUGAUGUUCACAUAAGCAGUCUGUCCCUCACCUUCCACGGCCAAGAGCUUCUAGCAGACACCAGCCUGGAGCUCAACUCAGGCAGACGCUACGGGCUCAUUGGCCUGAACGGCACAGGUAAAAGUCCUUUCCUUCCACCUGUAGGUAGUGAGAUGCCUGUACACCUCUCAAUAAGUGCAUACCCUGCCCGAUCCGUCCUUUUCACCUGUUUCAAAAUAUUGACAUAUUGAUUUUUUAAUGUUAAUCUUUUUUAAGAAGAUAGUUAACUUUGUUUUGUACUUGCAUUUGCCAGGUAAAUCCAUGCUGUUAUCGGCUAUUGGGCACCGUGAAGUUCCCAUUCCGGAGCACAUCGACAUUUACCACUUGACCCGGGAGAUGGCGCCCAGUGAAAAGACAUCCCUGCAGUGCGUCAUGGAGGUGGAUGAACAGAGGAUAAUGCUGGAGAAGGAGGCAGAAAGACUUGCCCAUGAAGACUGUGAGUUGAUUACUAUAUGGGGGGAGACUUAAUUAUUGUCACAGGCAAAGGAACAGCUCAAGAAAUCCAAGUACACAAACCUUAUUUUGAGCAAAGCUGAUAUGAGAAAAUAAACGUGCUGUGUAAACAAAUGUAACUGGGAGAAAUUGUCUUUCACAUUGAUUAAAGUGAGGAUUUUUUUCUUGUUGUUCUUGCACAGCUGAGUGUGAGAAGCUCAUGGAGCUGUACGAGCGUCUGGAGGAGCUGGAUGCAGACAAAGCAGAGGUGCGAGCCUCUCGGAUCCUCCACGGUUUGGGUUUCACGGCGGCCAUGCAGCAAAAGAAACUGAAGGACUUCAGCGGAGGAUGGAGGAUGCGUGUGGCUCUGGCCAGGUAAAAAAACAAGUGCAUUAGCUCUGAUUUUCAAUGCUUGAUAACACUCACAUGAGAGUAGUCCUCUAAAUUUGGAGGGCAUCCCAAUCGUAACCUUAAACUGAGAGGAUAAGCUUAAGAAAAAACAGGGAAUUCAGGCAGCAGAACUUUCAGUCAGGAGAUGUAUUUGGAUUUAGAUUUUGAUCAUUUUCUGUUUUUGUCCAGAGCUCUGUUCAUCAAGCCCUUCAUGCUGUUGCUCGAUGAGCCCACCAACCACUUGGAUCUGGAUGCCUGUGUGUGGUUGGAGGAAGAGCUGAAAUCGUAAGUUGACACCCACUUCCUCUCUUGGACGAGUCCAGUGUUUGAUCACAUAUCACUAAUCCGGCUUUUUUUUUUUUUUUUAAAACAUCAGGUUCAAGCGAAUCCUCGUCCUCAUCUCACACUCUCAAGACUUCCUGAAUGGUGUUUGCACCAACAUCAUCCACCUGCAUCAGAGGAAACUGAAGUACUACACGGUGAGAACACUCAACUUUACGUCAGAUCCUCAGAGGGCCUGGAUAAAUCUUAACCAGCCUCUGCCAUAUACAGCAUGAUCUCAUGAUGCCAAAUAAAGAAACCGGGGGAGGGCCGUUUUCUAAAUGUGCGUCUCUAUAUUCUGCUCACUCGGAUGACCAGGCAUAUCUAUUUUUGCUUUAAGGGUAACUAUGACCAGUAUGUGAAGACCAGAGAGGAGCUGGAAGAGAACCAGAUGAAGCGCUUCAACUGGGAACAGGACCAGAUAGCACACAUGAAGGUAAGUGAGAGACCCCUUGUGGUGGAAAGCAUUCACUGCAUAGACUGGAGCGUUCAGAGCAGAGCCUGUUAACGCAAAACCAAUAUCUAGGGGUGUCAUAUUUUAACGUAAUUUGCUUUAACAUUAUGAAAUCAAGUGUUAAAAUAAAACCUUAGCUGACUUUUAACGCGAAUAAUCCGUGUGUACAACAGUUUAUGUCAUACAGUUAUCAACACUGAAAACUAAGUUUCCACAGAAAUUGAAUUUCCAUUUUACGCGCCUCAAUUCUUCUGUGUAUACACUAAACCAAGUCUGUUUUCUUUCCCCUCUCUCCCGUAGAAUUACAUCGCCAGGUUUGGUCACGGCUCUGCCAAGCUGGCACGACAGGCACAGAGCAAAGAGAAAACGCUGCAGAAGAUGGUGGCGUCAGGCUUGACUGAAAAAGUCGUGAAUGACAAGGUAUGGUACUGACGUGGGUUGCUGUUAUGGCAACUGUUUUUGUUAGCUGUUUGUUAACUGUCCCACUCUAGCGUAUUAAUGAGACUGUACUCAUACCUACCUGUGCCUCUCCUCCAGACUCUGUCAUUUUAUUUUCCUCCCUGUGGGAAGAUUCCUCCUCCUGUAAUCAUGGUUCAGAAUGUGAGCUUCAAGUACAGUGACAACACGGUGAGUCUUGUUUGACCACGUUCUCCACACAGCUUUGUUCACUGAGAUCCUUAGCAUUCCCAAGUUGAACUUUUCAUGUUUCCUGUAGCCGCACAUUUACAAGAACCUGGAGUUCGGUAUCGACUUGGACACAAGAGUUGCACUGGUGGGGCCCAAUGGAGCAGGGAAGUCCACGCUGCUGAAGCUGCUGAUGGGAGAGGUUGGUACCGUUUAUUUCCACAUUAUCCUGCAGCAAUCUGAUCUUUACUUUGCAACAACAGAAAUAAAUGUUUUGUUUACCUAACAGCUCCUUCCCACUGACGGCAUGAUCCGCAAACAUUCUCACGUCAAGAUUGGCAGAUAUCACCAGGUAAACCAGAGAGAGUCUGUGUGUGGCACCUUUUUUUUUUUUUUAUGAGCAUGAAUUUAGUAAGAAGAGUAGAUGAAUGAGCUAAAUGGCUCUUGUCUUUGCUCAUGUUACAGCAUCUAACAGAGCAGUUAGAGCUGGACCUGUCUCCUCUGGAGUACAUGAUGAAGUGUUUCCCUGAGAUCAAAGAGAAAGAAGAGAUGAGGAAGAUCAUCGGUCGCUACGGGCUGACGGGAAAACAGCAGGUAGGAUUGGUGUGGUGUUGUUGGAUGAAUGGGAACUGGAAACUUGUUUUUUUUUUUUUCUUUUUAUUAGUCGGUACGUUUACAUGAAACUCCAGAAAAACAAAUAAUCAUCUUACUCCAAUUAAGACCGGACAAUUGGAAGUGCAGGUAAACUCCUUCGUCCGACUCCAAUCGGAGUUCUCAAACUCCGAUUGGAGUCGGUGAACUCCGAUUAAGACACCCAGAUAAUGCAAUUUGAAUUCGAUUUUCUCUACCAUGUAACUGGUGCAGUCAGAGUAUGAUCGGACAAUGCAUGUGCGCAUGAAUUUCAUCUGCUGAAAAAAUAGCGUGUACAUCAUGUAUGACAAAAACAACACUGUACGAUGCUCCAUCUUCUUGCACGAAAAUGCCCCGCAGCAGUUGUAGACACUUCUGUUGUCUGGCACGGACCUGCUGCUGCUGUUGUUGUUGUUGACGGUUGUAUGGGGUCAGAAACAGCGCAGCUGGAAAGACUCGUAUUGCCCCCCACGUCAAUUCAAUUUUCUCAGCUGCAUGUAUACGUGGACAAGGAGAGAAGUCAGAUUCAGCGAAAAAAAAAGAAUUAUGAGCUUAGUCCAAUUAAGCUGUGCAUGUAAACGCACUGACUGUGUGAAUUUGCUCCAGGUGAGUCCGAUCAGGAACCUGUCGGACGGUCAGAAGUGCCGGGUGUGUUUUGCCUGGCUGGCCUGGCAGAACCCUCACAUGUUGUUCCUUGAUGAGCCCACCAAUCACUUGGAUAUCGAGACCAUCGACGCGCUAGCAGAAGCUGUCAACGAGUUUGACGGCGGGAUGAUGCUGGUCAGCCACGACUUCAGGCUAAUUCAACAGGUAUAUGUUUGCCGCUUUAUCAGACGUGGUACCAAAAACCUCAGAAACAAACUCUCGAGGCCACAGCACCUUUUUUUUAAAUUCCUCUUUUUUUCCUCUAGGUGGCUCAAGAGAUCUGGGUGUGUGAGAAUCAAACCAUCACAAAGUGGAACAGGGACAUCCUGGCAUACAAGGAGCACUUGAAAUCAAAGAUCGAGAAGCAAACGCAUGACAUCUAAUUAAACCUGAUCACACUUUGAGCCACUCCUUUAUCUUGCAUCAUGGAUUUGACCUGCAGGCUCCGAGAGGACGAGCAAGAUUUUGUUUUGCAGGAAAUUGUCCGCUGUAGAACUGAAACAAUCUCUUAUGCAUCUUAUUGGACACGUCUCUUGUACAUGUCGUACUGUAUUUCCAUUUCGGUUUGACAGUGCUGCACCCACCCCAACUCCCCCCUGUCUCCCUCCACCUCAGGCUGCACUCUGAUUGGCUGAUUCACCUGAAGCAUCUCAGUGCAUUUUGGAAUGCAUUCCAUUGUGCUGUCUUCACAGAAAAGUUUUAUUUUUCCAAAUGUUCUGUUUUAUCCCCACAUGUAUGCAGCAGCUUUUAGGUCAUAUUUUAUGAUAUUUAAAAGUUGACUUUUUUUUCUGUGUAAAAGAGCAGUUCUGCCUUAUUUAACAAUGUAAUGCAAUAAAGGUUUGUCUGAAUAAACAGAACAUAAAAACAGCA